CCUGAAAGGGGGUCUUGCUUCAAGAACAUCAUGUACAGGAGCAAGCUAGAAGAGGACGCGAGCUACGACAUCGCUCUCCUCGAGCAGCUGGGCAGUGAAGGCCCCGUACACGUGGACCUGAAGCCGAGUCAUGCAGUGCUGCAGGCAGGAGCGAGCUGCAAGAUCGCCUUGAGAUUCACUCGCAACGCUGGGGCUGCCAACGAUGCUGCAAAGACAAACCUGCCAAAUAUCCUCGUCGGCGUCAAGGCCCAGCACUCGGACUACUUCGACGUGUUGAAGCUCCGAUUCACUGCGCCAUAAGAAACUCACAUUCAUAGCGUAAUUUGGUGUUCCUUAGAAACUGAUAAGAAUAAGAUCAAAAUCAC